AUGUCGUACAAGAACACAUUCAUUCAAAGAGAAGCAUCAGUAACUCGUGAACUUGGUGAAUGGAUUGAUGAACAAGAAGAGAAGGGAAAAAAAUCGACAUCUUCUCCAAUCCCUAUUCCAUCAGCUACACAGUCAUUGUCAAGUGCAUCAGACAAGUCAUCUUCAGCAUCGUCGUCGUUGAGCGGAAAGAGUCCAUCAGGAAGAAACAACAACAAAGAAAAGAAGCAAUCACCUUCAUCUAGUACCAACCAAAUGUCAGCACCAGUCAACACCACCACAACUAAUAGCACGAGUGUGUCACUUGAGAUUCCAAAGAGCGACGUUCCCGAUCUUACACAAUUACAGAUUUCAAACUCGACAGAUUCAGGUAUCAAGAAACAACAACAGCAAGGACAACAACAACAACAACAAGGACAAAAGAAGGGACAGCAACAACAAAAAGGACAACAGCAACAACAAGGACAAAAGAAAGGACAACAACAACAACAAGGACAAAAAGGAUCUCAACAACAAAAUGAUAAAUUAACACCAUCAGUAUCAUCACCACCAAUUGUAGAGGAUAGUGGAGAUGAACAUAAUAAACAACAAGCAUCGACAUCACAUCAUCACAAGAAACCAAACCCAAUUACAUCGUCUACAUCACAAUUUGACGAUCCAAAGAAACGUGAAAAGUUGACAAAGAAAAAGAUUAUCAAUGCUUCACCUGCAAGCAAGCAGAUCCCACUCUUUGCACAUCUUCCUCAAUACGAGUUGGAGAACUCGCUUGGUAUUGUGUCGGCCGAUAUCCAUCCAGAGAUUAUCUCUCUCGGUUUGAAAUACGCCAACUUUACCAUCUCGGGCUCCAACGCCCGUGCCGUCGCACUCAUGACCACGUUGAAGCAGGUUAUCCGCGACUUCCACGUACCUGCCCAAAAAGAGUUUAGCAGAGAGUUUAACCAACACCUCAACCCUCUUAUCCAAUUCCUCGUCGACUGUCGUCCCAUGUCGGUCUCCAUGUCCAAUUCGAUCAUCUAUUUCAAACAAAAUUGCCUGACCAGUCUGUCAGAACAACGUCUCACCAACGAGGAGGCCAAGGCCUACUUGUGCGACCGUGUCGACGCCUUUAUCGAGCGUGUCGGUGUGGCCGACAAGGUCAUUGCUCAGUAUGGUGUGUCCAAGAUCACCGACGGCGACGUCAUCCUCACCUACGCAUCUAGCCAUGUUGUCGAGAUGAUCCUUCGUCAAGCACAACAAGAGGGUAAGAAGUUCCGUGUCAUCAUUGUAGACUCGCGACCAAAACACGAGGGCAAGGAGUUGAUGUUCCGUCUCGUCCAACACAAGAUCAAGUGCACCUAUAUCUUGCUCAAUGCCAUCUCUUAUAUUAUGAAGGAGGUUACCAAGGUCUUUGUCGGAGCCUGUACAGUACUUUCAAACGGAAAUUUGAUUUCACGUGCCGGAACGGCCUUGGUUGCCUCAAUGGCCCAAUUUUACAACGUACCAUUCAUUGUGUGUUGCGAAACCUAUAAAUUCACAGAAAAGGCUCAACUAGACUCGAUAUGCUCAAACGAUUUGGGCGACCCUUGGGAUCUCGUCUCGAAUCUCUCGGAAAAGGAUUCAAACGAACAAAAUAUCCUCAAGGAUUGGAAAUCAAUCGAACAUUUGAACCUCCUCAAUCUCAUGUACGAUCUAACCCCAAUCGAAUUCAUCGCUCUAGUCAUCACUGAAUUUGGUAUGGUCCCUCCAACUUCAAUUCCAGUUAUACUUAGAGAAUAUAGAAAAGAAGUUACUUUAUAA